UCUCAUAACGAAACAACUGAGCUCACAACGAUUCUACUUAAUCAAACGAUAAAUGCGAAUACGACAGGCUUAAAACUUACUUUGACUUACAACGGAACGUUGAAUGAUAAUUUACGCGGUUUCUACAGAAGUUCUUAUAAGAAAGGGAACGAAACAAGAUGGCUCGCGACGACUCACUUCGAACCGACAAGCGCGAGACAAGCCUUUCCGUGCUGGGACGAGCCCGCAAUAAAAGCAACAUUCCAAAUUAGUAUCAAACGUCCAAGCAACACUUACCACGUGCUUUCGAAUACUUUGAUGAUUAAAACCAAUAAGACAGAUGGAUACGUGGAAUUCGAGGAAACGCCGGAGAUGUCCACGUACCUCGUGGCUUUUGUGGUUUCGGAUUUCACUUCGAAUCAAAACAAGGAUAGAAAUUUUAGCGUUUGGUCAAAUCCUACCGUGAACAAAGAAAGUAGGAUGUUUGCUCUUAAAUAUGGAGAAAAAACGCUUAAAAAAUUAUCAGAUUUCACUAACUAUCCCUACAACAAUAAUAUGAAGAAGAUGGACCAAAUUGCGAUUCCACAGUUUGCAGCUGGUGCUAUGGAAAACUGGGGUCUCGUGACAUACAGGGAAAAUGCGCUUCUUUACGACAAAGAAGUCGAUACCACAGAAGCCAAACAGAGUGUGGCGACAGUAAUAGCUCACGAAUUCGCUCAUCAGUGGUUCGGCAACUUGGUGACUUGCAAAUGGUGGAAUUCCAUUUGGUUGAAUGAAGGAUUUGCGACCUUUUUCCAGUAUUACAUUCCCGACCUGAUCGAGGAGAAAGAGACUGGAGUCAAGGACAACUGGCGUCUUAUGGAACAAUUUGCCGUUAGAGCUUUGCAAGCAUCCGCGUUUGUUGUCGAUGCAAAAAAAGAUACUCGCGCAUUAACCGUAGACGAAAACACCAUACAAACUCCUGAGCAAAUCAGCAAUCUGUUUGACGAUAUUGCUUACAGAAAAGGCGGCUGUAUUCUUCGUAUGAUGCAACAAUUCUUGACGGAAGAAGUCUUCAAGUUGGGACUUCAAGGGUAUUUGAAAAAUUAUAAGCAUGAGUCUGUUCAACCUGAUCAGCUUUUCGAUGCCAUGUACAAGGCACAAACAGACAACAUAAAAAAACUAUUGCCUGAUAAAAUCGAGUUCAAGGACGUCAUGAAUAAUUGGGUUUACAAACCUGGAUAUCCUGUUGUCACCGUCACGAGAAAUAAGACCAGUGUCAAGUUGACGCAGGAACGAUUUUUCUUGGACUUCGCGCAUUCGGACGAUACAGCGUGGUACAUACCCAUUACCUACGUCACAAACAAAUCAUCUAACAAAAAGUUGUACUGGCUGAAGCCCAACGAAUCUCUGGUACUGCCAUUGAAUGAAUUUGAACCGAACAACAGCUGGAUACUUUUCAAUAAAGACCAAACGGGAUACUAUCGCGUCAAUUACGACGACGAAGGCUGGAAACAUUUAACGAACUGUUUGAGCGACGUCAAAUGUCAUCAGAACAUAAGCGCCGUCAGCCGAGCUCAGUUGAUCGACGACGCGUCGAAUCUCGCGCGCGCAGGACACACAAGCUACAACAAUUCGCUAUCGGUUACGGUUUAUUUGUCCCAUGAGACAGAUUACAUCCCGUGGUACGCGGCCGCCAGAACGUUCGAUUAUCUCAACGACUUGCUAUGGGGCACCAACGUCUACGAGAAGUAUCAGGAGUACGUCUCUCAGAAAGUGCAGAACUUUGCAAAAAAACACGACUAUAAAAACAGUACUGGCACGCACGUGGAAAAACUUGCCAAGGCGCUGGCGUUCAAACUGGCGUGCAAAUAUGGAAAGAAGGGCGACUCGUGCGUGAGCUAUGCGGAAGAACAACUGGACAAAUGGUUGGAACCGAAACCAAACGACACUAAAAUAUGGCAGGAUUUGAAGAAUGACAUAUUGUGCGUUGGAUUGCGACACGCAAACUAUCUGACAUUGGCCAACGUUCUAGACAAGUACCUCAAUAGUACAGGUGACGAAAAGAAAGCUAUUUUGAAUGGACUUGGUUGUAAUAUGAAUAAGAGCAUGGUAAUCACUCUUCUCGAGAUGAGUAUCACCACAAAAGAAGAGAAUGUUUUCGACGCGAUGGCUUCAGUACAUUCGAACAAUCCCGGAUCUUUUGAUGUUCUCUUUGAAUUCAUUCAACGAAAUAUCACACAAAUCAAAGAAAAGGACACGCCGGAAGGAACAGGUCUCGCCGGCACUCUAAAUAAACUCGCCACCAAAGUCAGAAGUGACGAGCAAUUAGCCAAGCUGGUGUUAUUCGCGCACGAACAUCUGGAGGAUGAGCAGACGACGAAAGCAAUUGUUUCCGCGGCAAACAAUCUCAAGGCAAUCAAAUCCCACCGUGAUGAAAUAUCCAAAUGGGUGGAGAAGCAACCGACCUCAAAGGAGAAACCGACGGAACCAAGUUCCGCGAGUUUUGUCAGUCUGACAUCGUUUCUUAUAAUAAUCCCGAUACUGCUCACGCGAUUCAACUAAAGACAGUGUUUUAUUUUUUAUUUUUUUUAAUUUAAUCGACAUUGUUUGAUAUCUUCAAUCGAUGUCGAACUCAAUCGCGUUCUCACAGCUCGGUGUGACAUUUUCUCAAUUUUCUUAAAAAAAAAAAAUAAUAAUAACGUCACUUCCGAGACAUUGUUGUAUUCUCGUUUGCAAGCUGGAAGACGAAAGAAAAUGUCGCGCGCGAGUUUGUGCGUCUUAUGUACAAUAAUAAUUUACCUGACCUGAGUUUUUAAUAUUUUUUGUUUAUAAUUGUUUAUCGCAGAACGAGUUGUAAAAAAAAUCGCGCGCGCGCAACUCGCGCGUACACAAUUUCGGCUGUCGUAACACAAGCUGAACAACAUCGCGAUUUUACUUGCAAACAAAUUAACGCUCCAACACACAAAACAGAUGCGUAAUUUUGUGUACCGCGAGACAGAUUAACAGCAUUUUAUUAUCACAUUAAACUUUUAUAAAGACAUGUACUAUAUUUAUACAUAAUUAUAUGUCACAAUUGUAAAUAUAUA